AUGGAGACGUCUUUGCUGUCAUCAGGUGAGGGUGCUGAAUGUGAUUGUAAACCCACAAGGAACCGAACGUACGUGUUGGGAUUCAGAAGUGAUCGUUACAAUUUUGUGCAUUUCGGAGUAAUCAAGUGGUGGAUCAGGUCUAUUGAUGCAGCACAAGUGACUGGUUAUCCUCAGGGUGGAUAUCAUGGACAUGUAGGAACAACCUCUGAUGUAGGCAGGCAAGUAUUGGAUGAGGUAGAAAUCCGAGAACUACUCAUAGAUCAUGUCGGUCAUCGUUGUUGUUGGGGAAGUCGUCCUGCUCGGACUUGGAAUAUACACGCAGUUGAAGAUUGCAAUGUUUAUACGGGAACUCUCGAGACUUUUAUUGAAGAAAGGGAAACAAUAACAGAAAAGGAACCAUACUCUGGUGGCAACAUUGAUGGAAAGCACGAGGGGCCUGAACUUGGAAUAUGGGAAUUGGAUUUACAGUCUGAGUUUCCUGUAUUAUUUACACCUCAUAAAGAGUCACGGACCAAGAUUCCUCAUUCAGAAGCCAUUGAGAAAUGCUCAGGUUGUGCGGGACGUGGAAAAUUUGUUUGUCCCACUUGCAAUAAAGAUCAAGAGCCUGGUUUCUAUAAGGAGAAUCAGAUGUCUCCAUGUCCUGCUUGUUAUGGGAGAGGCUUAAUUGCUCAUAGAGAUGGAUCAGACACAGUAUGUCUCAAAUGUAACGGCAAGGGAACGAUUCCUUGUGCAACCUGUGGGUCGCGCGGAUUUAUAAAAUGUGAGGCAUGUCAAGGUGGUGGCUCUCUUCUAACACGCCAAGUGGCUGUCAUUAGAUGGAAGACACUUUCAGCUAGAAAAGUAAGUGCAACAAGUGGAGCAGCUUCAGCUCCAGACGACGUAUUCCACCGAGCAAAAGGAGUGCAGUUGUGCAAUAACCAGGCCUACCAGUGUACGCCUGCAUUUUUUGCUGAUUCAUACUUCCUCAACAAGUUUUCUUCCGAAGUAAUUGCAGAGAGGGCACCUGUACCUCCACCUGCAAGGAUCAUUUGCGAGCGACAUACAAUCUCCGUUGUCCCGGUGACCCGUGUAACCUUGCCUCAUCGCAAAAUGACAAACGGUGGCACCACCACCAAUUCAGCCAGCGGGAGCCCCAUAUACGGUGGCGCUCACCGCCGCCGCGUCGUAGACUCCAUAAACGAUCAUGAAAAAUCGUCUGAUGUUAUACCUAUUGGUUUUGAUCGUUCAAUGAAUGAUAUGGAUUCUGAUACAGUUAAUAAUAGUAAUGGUGUAGGGUAUCUAUGUAACAUUUGUGGUGGCAGCCACCAUCACCACCACCCGGCGAUAAGGUAUUUAUUGGUGCGCAAAAGGGUGCCGGAGAAUUGGGUUUUGCUUGUGGAAGAUUUGUUGGUUGUCAUGCAUUCUUUGGGAUCAAGGAAGAAUAUGGGCCGUACGAUUUUGGGUUUGCUGUUGUUGAUGGUGCUGUUAUCUAUGCUUCUCAAAUUCUCUUUCACGGUCGUCGGCGGAGGUCUGAGGGAGUGCGGCGGUGGCUGCGGAAGAACCGUUGCGAUAGAGAAUGGAAUUUUAAUUGUUCAGAAUUUCAAGAAUGGCUGGUCUAAUGCUCAGAAAGCGAUGCUUGAUUCUGAAGCAUCUUCCGCCGAAGCCGUGCAAAAACGGCUGAUGAAAGAAUUUCCGGUCCCAGAAAUAUGGAUGAAACCGAACAGUGAGAACUAUUAUCAAUGCGUUACUCGACCAAGAAAUCGCAUAAGAUCGGGAUCAACAACAAAUGGUUAUAUCCUAGUUCAUGCAAAUGGGGGAUUGAAUCAAAUGAGAACCGGAAUAUGCGACAUGGUUGCUGUUGCGAAAAUUAUGAAUGCCUCUCUUGUCCUUCCUUCGCUUGAUCACGAGUCCUUUUGGACUGAUCCUAGUGGUUUUAAAGAUAUUUUUGACUGGAGACAUUUCAUUGAAGUUUUAAGAGAUGAUAUUGAGAUAGUUGAAUCUUUGCCACAAGAAUAUGCAGCAAUAAAACCCCUGAUUAGGGCCCCCGUCUCUUGGUCGAAGGCUAGUUACUACAGAGGAGAGAUUCUCCCUUCGUUAAAGAAGCACAAAGUAAUCAAGUUUACCCAUACGGACUCAAGACUCGCCAAUAAUGACCUCGCGCCGUCUAUUCAGAAACUCAGGUGUCGAGCAAAUUAUGAGGCUCUCCGCUACACACCUGAGAUUGAGAAGCUUGGAAAGAAACUGGUGGAUCGACUUAGAGACAACGGUGAACCAUUUAUUGCUUUGCACUUGAGGUAUGAGAAAGACAUGCUUGCAUUUACCGGUUGCAGCCAUAGCUUGAACUCGGAUGAGGCCGAGGAACUUCGUGUCAUGAGGUACAACGUUAAGCACUGGAAAGAGAAAGAGAUAGACAGCAAAGAAAAGCGACUGCAAGGCUUGUGCCCAAUGUCUCCCCGGGAGGCAGCCCUAUUUCUCCGCGCCAUGGGAUAUCCUACCACAACAAGAAUAUACAUUGUUGCAGGGGAAAUUUAUGGUAACAAUAGCAUGGACGCAUUUCGAUCAGAAUAUCCAAAUGUUCACAGUCAUGCAACGCUUGCGACAGAAGAAGAACUCAAAGUUUUUAAGCAUUAUCAGAAUCGACUUGCAGCCGUAGAUUAUAUUGUAGCCUUAGAAAGUGAUUUGUUCAUUUACACAUACGACGGAAAUAUGGCAAAGGCUGUGCAGGGACAUAGGAGGUUUGAAGGAUUUCGGAGGACAAUAAAUCCUGAUAGGUUAAAUUUCGUUCGACUGAUAGAUUUGUUGGAUAAAGGUUCCAUUUCUUGGGAGGAUUUCACCUCAAAGGUCAAGAACCUACACUCCAGCAGGAUUGGGGCACCAUAUCCUCGAGAAAGAGGUGAAUCCCCACGACUGGAGGAGAACUUUUACGCAAAUCCUUUUCCGGGCUGUGUUUGUAACAGAUCUCAGGAACAAACGAUGCAGAAACAACUUGACACGAAAGCAUAG